GGCGAAUGUUGGGUCGGCCUCGUCGUUUCCUAUUUCAAUUCUGCAAGGAAAACCCGGCAGGCACAACUGAUACCAAGCCGUAUUCAUGCUACACCCUUUAGCUAAGUUAUCCCGCAACGAAACAACAAGCUUAUCACUUCUCUCCAGUUGUUUCUAUUUGAACUUGGCUGCGUGUUUCUUGGAAGAACGAUAGUAUAUUAUAUUCGCACAAUAAUCAUUUCUACUCCUGAACACAUCAUUCUUCACAGAGUAAUUGGAUGAAACUUCUUGCUGCAGACCAAAAACUCAUCGGAGGGCAUCAACAUUUUCAUUACCACCAAUAGGGAUAUCAAUAUGGCUAAUGGAACUGUAGAUAAAAAAGCAACGCUUGGAAAACCAAAUGAUGAUCUUUCUUCGGAAGUACCUCCGUCAAAUGAUGUUGAGAAGCCGGAUACCCCAAGUUCGUCUUCCACAAAUAGUCCACCCAAGAAAGACUAUAACGAUUUCGAUACCGAGAAAGUGAAACGUUAUACCUGUCCGUAUUGCAAAGAUACUUAUAUAACCACUCGCGAAUCUAUGUCACACAUUGCCCCUGUCGACAUGGAACAAGAGGAGGUUCUUAAAUGCCCUCAUUGCGCAGCCCCUUCCAUCAGAGAGACUUUAGAAUUCACGGAGGAAAUAAUAGAAGCAAGGCCCAGAAGAAGCUACAUACCAGUUUUUACGGGAAAGAAACGCUUUUGCUGUCCGCAUUGCAAGAGGGCGUCCAAUACUACUUUGGAAGCGAUGUUGACCCUCAUCCCUGAGAUUACCGAUCAAGGAGAACUUCGUACAUGUCUGUAUUGUAGGAAGCCUUCGUUGAAAACCACUUUGGAAUCUUAUUCCGACAUGAUGCUCCACGAAUCUUCUCACAUUCCCAUCCAACCCAACAAAAGCAGUUCCUCGAAUAGUCAUAUUGAGCCUCCGCGCCAACCACCUCCCCCAAAUCAGGCUUCAACUGGUACAACAUCAUCACAAAAUUCGAAAGGAACCAUUCACACACCAGCUUUUCAAAAUUUGCCUGAUCAACAAAUUAAUAUCAAUCCACGAUUAGCUAUGCAACGUAACAACGAUCAAUACCCGAUUUCUCAAACUACCCUUAAUCAACAAGCGGCUUUCCAACCUAGCUCGGAUGAACAACCAGCUUCUGACUCGAACUCCCAUAAGCAAUCAACUUUCCAACCUGAUUUUUAUCGACAACAACCAACUUUCAACUUGAACUCCCAUAAGCAAUCAACUUUCCAACCUGAUUUUUAUCGACAACAACCAACUUUCAACUUGAACUCCCAUAAGCAAUCAACUUUCCAACCUGAUUUUUAUCGACAACAACCAACUUUCAACUCGAACUCCCAUAAGCAAUCAACUUUCCAAUCUGAUCUCUAUCAAAAACAACCAGCUGUUCACCAUAACUCUAAUCAACAACCAACUCCCGGCAUUAACACUGGUCUAGAACUGGCUUCAAAUCGUUCUUCCCAAAUCGGUCCACGUAUGUCACCCACAUGCCGAUACUGUGGCAAGCGAUUUACAGAUGACGCAACUCACUCAAAACAUGACCUAACCUGCCGUUAUCGACUUUGGUUUUUCUGUCCGGAACCGAAUUGCAGGUUUCACCGAGACAAAGAAGUAGGGUUUCAGAUAUCAACCGAUUUGUGGGUACAUGUGUCAGAGCAACAUAACUAUUCACCGAAUUCUCAAUUCUUCCUAACGUAUAGAGGUGAAGUGAGAGAUCCGGGUAGAAUUGGUGUAUGGCGUGCUCCUUGAUCGAGAGGCUUCUCUGGAGCGCGAAAAUCAUAGAUUCGAUAUGGUGGGAAAUCUGCGAUUUCCAACUUGGAAACCCCCUUUGGAAUUGUCCAAGGAGUAUAGCUCUAACACCUUUGUGCAUUCUCUACAUAACAUCAAAAUUUUAAACA